AUGUUGAAAUCGUCGCUGACGCUUGCAGCUUUCCUGCCACAUCAUCAACUGGACAACGUUUCCUCUCCCACUGCUCAGAUAUUAAAACACGAUGAGCAGAUUAAUGUGAAUUUCACCGACUUCGUUCCUGGAAAAUCCUUUUUGAAUUUUAUGAUCCUCCUCCGAUGCCAAAUUCUGGACCAGCGUCACAGUUUGAUCCUCCUCUGUAAGACCCUGAAAGCUUUGAAGCUAUUCUUAGAUCAACAUCAGCGGCGAACAUCACCGUCGCUCCUUAAGCCUCCAAAUCCUGUUUGUAUUUUUAUUUAG